UCUAUCUAUAGGUAGUGAAAGUUUUUGUUAAAAGAUUUAUGUCUGGUGUCAUAAUUGUUGCUGACUAAAGCACUUUGAGGGACUUCCAUGUAAGCUGAUGGUAUUGUUUUGAACAGUUCCUUUAAAAAAGUACUUCAAACCCCAAAGAAAGAGGAGGAGAAUCUUGGAGAACCCCCAGCCUAGGAGAAGACAUCUUUGGCUUUAUAGGAUGAAGGUGAUAAAACGGGAACUGUGCAGGAGCUGGGUUCAAGAGAUGGUUCAGGUAGAUGGAAGUCCAGAGGGAGCUCAGCCUCAAGAGAUGGUUCAGGAACCUGUUCAGGUGGAUGAAAGCCCAGAAGGAACUCAGCAAAUCUCACCAGUACAGCAGGAGCAAGAAGACCAUUCCUCAGCAGCACAGCUACCGCCCUCUGCUCAAGAGCCUCAGGGAGGGAAUGACAUCCAUGUGCGCCCACAGAGGCAGCCAGGGCAAGGAGGCACGGCCCCAAACAUGGGACCACAACCAACAGAGUCAGGCUGGGAGCUCCCAAAAGUGACUGUCAAGGUGCAGCCCCACAACAUGAGCCAGGGGUGGGACUGCCCGGAGGUGACAGUGCAGGUGCAGCCUCAGAGGCCAAGCCCAGGAUGGGAAGCCCCAUCAGUGACUGUGCAGGUGCAGUUCCAGCAGCAGGGCCCAGGGCCAUCUCUCCCACAAGUAACUGUACAGCUACAGCCCCAGGAGUGGGGACAAGGCGCUGCUGGCAUCAAGGUCACUGUGCAACUGCAGUUGGGCUGUGACCCAGAAGAGGUAAUCUCCCUCCAGAACCAGCGUGAGGAAGUGUUAGAUAAUGGAGAACAGAGGACCCUCCCAAAAAAUCAGGGAGGGAUGAUGACAAGAUCUGAAGGUGAGACAGAGCUUGCUGUGGUGGAGCUGGUGCCACAGGGGGUUCUGAGCCAAAAACAGGAUGAAGGAGAAGUGGAAAAACCCCAGCAGGACCAGUGCCAAGAGGAAAGAGCAGAAGUGGUGAAGGUGCAUGACAUGCAGGCUGGAGACAAAGCAGACCUGAAUGGGAUGGUGACAGAGGAACAGCUGCAGGACCAGAGCCAAGAGCAGGAACAGCUAAAAGCAGACCAGCCUCUGCAAAAGGAAGACCAAAGACAUACUGUGAUGAGACAGGAGCAAGGUAAUAUCCAAGAAGGGCCCAGGGAGAUUGUAGAAGACCAGAAGGAAGACCUAGCACGAGAACAGUCCAAGAAACGUCCAAGAAAGUCUCCAAAUUAUUUUGUUGCUAUUCCAAUAACAGAUGAUCAGAUUUUGGACAGAAUUGAAGAUGUUCAAGAACUCAUAUUUUCUAAAGAGCCUGACCUGUCAAGAGCUCUUCUGCCUGUUCAAACUAUGCACCUUACUAUAAUAGUAGCUCAUCUGGGAACAGAAGAAGAAGUGAAAAAGGCUGUUCUGGCACUGAAGCAAAGCAAGGCUAAAGUGGAAGACAUCUUGCAGGGUAAAGACCUUAAUUUGACAUUCCAUGGGAUUGGAGAGUUUAAUAACCAAGUGCUAUAUGUGAAAAUGUUGGAGGAAGACCAGAAAAUGCUUAGCAGAAUUGCAGAAGCUGUGGAAGAAUGUUUUAUUGACAUGAAUCUCGACAUUUCAGGAAGUAAGGACUUCAAACCACAUCUGACUUUCCUGAAGCUCUCUAAAGCAUCAAGGUUGAGAAGAAGGGUUUGCCAGAGUACUUAUGGAGAAAGUCAAGAAGCAGGUGAAAAGAUGAAGCAAGAGGUUGAAGAAGAAAGCGGCAGUUGAGAUCCAUCAGCGGCGUCACCCCGAAUAUCUCAAUUUCAGCAGAGAGUGGGAAACAAUGUUCUCUUUUGAGCUACUUUCUGCAAAGUGAUUAAAUCGAAGCUAUCACCUUAGUGAGGCGUAAUCCAACACGUCCCGUCACGGUGCUGCACUUAUUCUUGGGAGGAGAUGGCUGCUGAUUGCUUCAGUCAAGUCUUGUUAGAGGUUCACCACGAUCUAGAAAAGAAAAUCUCUGGCAGGUUUUUCAGUAAAUACAGAAAGCUCAUCCUGUGGCUUGGGGUUGCUCCUGAAUGUACAUAGGAGUGUUUGCUGGGGUGGAUAGACUGAAAACUUGGGGUUUGGUACAGUAGCCUUUGAGUUCUUUUGAAGCUGGAGUUUUACCCAGCCUGAGCAAAUCCAGCUUUCUUCUACCUCUACAUGACCUCUUGUGUGGAAGACUGUGGAUAAAACAGCCUGGCAGAAAGAAAAGGGCAAUAAUGACAAAAUUUGUCAAAUGAUGUUUUUAAAAGUAAGGGUUCCAACACAGAUUGGGAAAAUUGUCAAAGAGGUUAUGCAUAUUCAAUUAAAUUGUAUGUAUUCCAGCCUCAACAAUUCUGCAAUUCUAUGUUCACCCAGACCAUGCUAUUUUGCAUCUUUCGCUACAACCAUCAGUUCCUGGUUUGAGACCAAACAAAUCCUAAAGCUGCGCAUAUGCAUUUUAAUGUCAUUUGCAGUUUGUCUCAGCAAAAUCAUUUGGGACACAUUUUUUUUAGUACAUAUAUAACUUUUGGUUAUGCAACAGGCUUGAAAUUUAAGAUUUAUUAUUUAAGAACUUCUUUUAAAUAUGUGCUUUGAACCCAAGUCUUCUGACACUCAGUAAUUUGCUUUGUGUUCAGCCCAGGCUAUCAGAGGAAACCAAACAUAUCACAUCUGUUUCCACUGGAGACCUGUAUCACAUCAAUAAUGCAGCAUCACCAGACUCUCCCUGAAAUACUCCUGUGUAAGAGAGAGAGGAAGAACAGGACUGAUUUUUUAAAGGGCAAAGAACUCUUUUCCCUAUCUGAGUCAUAUUUUCUAUUUCUGUCAAACUAAACCAUUCUAUUUAGCUAUCUUCUUUAUACAACAGCUCUUUUUUUGCCAUAUUUUCAUUGCUUAAGUUUUGAGUGAUUGGGCUAUCAUCACAUUCACAGUUUUCAAAUAACUCUUAGCAAAAUGUGUUGUAGGUGAGGCCAAAUCCUGGAAAACAAGAAACAUGUUGUUGGAUGAAAACCUUCUGAAGGUGGUGUUCUGUGGCAGCUAUCAAUGUACUCUUAAUUUGCUCUAUGUGUUAAGAACCCGUUGUACGAUGGCAGGCUGAAUCCCUCACAGCAAACUACUUGGCCAAGUUAUGUAUCCCUACCUACCCUACAGAUUCUUCUUGUUGGAAAAAAGCUUUUGGGGCUUUAAUGAAGCAUUUAUUUUAUUUUUAGUUUAUAUGGGUUUUUAUGUUCCCAGAAGUGGAGUGGUUGCAAAAGGCAGGUUCCCUAAUGGUCUGGUUUACUGGCUGCCCAAGUGAAUUUUUAACUCUGUGUUUGCACUGACUACUGAGCACUGCUGGCAGGCUCUGCUCCUAUCUUACUUGUAUAACUUUCUACAAGAUGUUGUGCACUUAUCCUUAACUUUGGUGAAAAUAAAAUAAUUUUUAGGA